GGUAACAGAUGUGAAUCUGACGUUUGUUUGGAUGCGUAACAACACAUCCAUUCUUGAACUUUGAUUCUUGGCUGCCGAGUGCCGACCACCUCUCCAAAUCCGCCCCCACCAUCUCGCUGUAUCUGUCGACUGGAUUUCCUUUCAUCAAUCAACCUCACAACUCACUAAUCUCUUGCCAACAAUGACGGAUGAUGAUUACGCCAUCAAUGAACAAACUUCUAAGCAACAUUGGGAAGAUCUCCUUCGUAAGAUGUUGCCGGCCGGAGCCCCCUUACCUGACGAAGAUCAACUCGAUUAUUCAAUUUCCGUCGAAUACCAACCCCCCACCCACCCACACAACAAUAACAUUAACCACCACGCCCUUUCCAGAACCACCACCAGCAGCCCUAUACCCAUCACUAAAAAUUCAAAUUUUACUAAACCCCCAAAAAUUCACCACAAAUACACUAGUGCUACUACUAAUUUGGCUGCGUCUCUCGUUACACCGGCUUCCGAAACCGGAGAAGAUGGAAUUUCCAAUGUACUGAGUUUCGAUACCACCCAAGAAGAAGAAGAAGAAGAAGAAGAAGAAGAAGAAGAAGAUAAUGAUUCAUCUACAAGUGUUACGGCUUCUCCUGUCGUGGAAACUGGUGGAAAGAAGAAUCAGAAGAAGAAUAUAUGUAGCAGGUGUGGAAACGGGAAUAGAUUGAAAGAAAAAGAAGGUUGCAUUGUUUGCGAUGCGAGGUAUUGUAGUAACUGUUUGCUCAAGGCAAUGGGAUCAAUGCCUGAAGGACGAAAAUGUGUAGGUUGUAUCGGGCGACCUAUCGAUGAAUCAAGAAGACAGAGGCUAGGGAAGUGCUCAAGAAUGUUGUCUAAAAUUUGUAGUCCUCUGGAGGUGAGACAGAUAAUGUUGGCUGAAAAAGAAUGCUUUGCUAAUCAGCUUCGUCCCGAGCAACUUGUUGUGAAUGGAAGACAGUUAGGGCAGGAGGAUUUGUGUGAGCUUUUGGGUUGCCCUGUUCCUCCAUUGAAGUUAAAACCAGGCAAGUAUUGGUAUGAUAAGGAUUCUGGACUUUGGGGGCAGGAGGGGGAAAAGCCUGAUAGGAUUGUAAGUUCAAAAUUGAAUGUGGGUGGUAAGCUUCAGAUGGAUGCAAGCAAUGGAAACACACAAGUUUAUAUCAAUGGGCGUCAAAUCACAAAAGUUGAACUCAGGGUACUAAAGCUAGCCAAGGUACAAUGCCCACAGGGAACACAUUUCUGGCUUUAUGAUGAUGGGUCGUAUGAGGAAGAGGGUCAAAACAAUAUCAAAGGAAACAUAUGGGGAAAGGCGUCUACUCGGUUCAUUUCUUCAUUGUUCUGUUUGCCUGUACCCCAUGAAGCGUGUCAGGGUUUGAAGUUGAAGAAGCAUGAGUCUAUUACUCAGAAUUUGGAGCAUUCAACAAGAGUCGACAAGCUUAUGCUGUUUGGGUUGGAAGGAUCAGGGACAAGUACCAUCUUCAAGCAGGUGAGGUUUUUAUAUGGAGACAAGCUGAGUGGUGAGGAGUUGCAGCAUCUUAAGCUUAUGAUACAAAGCAACACAUAUAGAUACCUUAGUGUGUUGCUUGAAGGGAGAGAGCGUUUUGAAGAGGAAGAUGAUUCUGAUUCAAGUGUUUAUUCAUUUAAACCAAAAUUCAAACAUUUCUCUGAUUGGCUGCUGGAUAUAAUGGCAAUGGGUGAUUUUGAGAAUUACUUUCCGGCUGCGACACGGGAGUAUGCUCCAUUAGUUGAUGAGAUAUGGAAGGAUCCUGCCAUUCAGGAGACUUACAGGCGAAGAGACGAGCUGAAUUUUCUUCCAGAUGUCGCCAAAUAUUUUCUUGAUCGGACAAUUGAGUUAUCAAGCAACGAUUAUGAACCAUCGGAGAAGGACAUUUUAUAUGCUGAAGGAGUAACCCCAACCAACGGUCUUUCGUGUCUGGACUUCUCGUUUCGUGAUCACAGCCCCAUGUCUAUGUCUAUAUCUGAUGAUGAAAAUGGUCAAUCUCCUUUAAUCAGGUUUCAGCUACUUGGCAUGAAACUGCAUGAUGGUUGCAAAUGGCUAGACAUGUUUGAAGACGCGCGGUUGGUUAUAUUUUGUGUGGCGUUAAGCGACUACGACCAGGUGUGGGCCCACAAACACAAUGAUGAUGUCAUCAUCACGGAAAACAAGAUGUUAGCAAACCGAGACUUGUUCGAGAGGCUCGUGAAACAAGCUUGUUUUGCGGACAUUCCGUUUGUGGUUAUUUUGAACAAAUACGACAUCUUUGAGGAGAAAAUCGGGCGGACCCCGUUGAGUGUCUGCGAGUGGUUUAGUGAUUUUGGGGCGGGGGUGGUGAAAACUUCAACCGUGUCAUUGGCAAACCAGGCUUAUUAUUAUGUGGGUAUGAAGUUUAAGGAGGUGUAUGCGGGUAUAACUGGUAGGAAGCUUUUUGUGUGGCAGAGUGUUGGUAGGGAUCGUGGAUCUGUUCAAGGAGGAAUCUCAUUUAUUACUGAAGUCAUUAGAUGGGAUCAACAAAGACAUCAACAUCAACAUCUCUAUGCUCAUGCUCAUGAUGAUGACGAUGAUAAUACUUCAUUCUAUACCCACUCAAACUUGAUUGUAAAUAGUUAGUUUUUCUUUCAUCCGUAAAUAUCAUGUCAUGCACUCCACUUUUUCAACAUGUGUUGUGUGUAUAUAUCAUCCUACCCGCUGUUUACUUGACAUAACUCCGUCCGUCUUCUUGGUCUUUUCUUCUUGUACAAUAUGGUUAGGCUACUUUUAUGUUAUUUUUAUCAUCAAU